AUGUCUAUGUGGAACCAGAUAUCUUCAAACCUGAGCGCUGGCUUGACAAUGAAGUUCGAACACAGAACAGACUUUUCACGUUUGGUGCAGGUCCACGAAGUUGCAUUGGUUACAAUCUUAAAUAUUUCUCCUUAUCUUUUAUUUUUUUCAUUGAUUUCUUUUUCUUUCUAUUUAUUUUUCUUUCUUUUUCCCUCCAUUUAUUUUUUCCUACUUUUUCCUACUGUUACUUUUCCUUCUUUUUCUUUUAUUAAUUUUUCUUUCCAUUUACCAUUUCCUUCUAUCUCUUUUCCUUCAAUUUACUUCUUUCUGUAUCUUCAAGUGGCGUGGCACCGUUUGCACUGCGCAUGUCCGGUAUUUCCGGUAGCUGCCAUCUUUUUUCCUUUGGCUGCUGCUUUAACAUCAUGUCUACGUGGAUGUGAAACAGAAAAGAAAUGCUUUAUAGAAGAAUUACCCGAUGAAACUAUGGUUGUUGGCAAGUAUAAAGUUGAAAUAUUUGACCGCAACGUAAAUGACUAUGUUCCCACUGUAUAUGGAUUGGGAAUGCAUGUGGAAAUCCGAGAUCCAGAGGACAAAGUGAUAAUGUCUCGGUUAUUUCUAACUUGCUAUUCCUUCACUAUUUACAAACCAUUCCUUGCAGGCAAGUACAAAGUUCAGGUGUAUGACCAUGCUGUCAAGGACUACAUGCCGCCUGUACAAGAUAUUGGAAUGCAUGUGGAAGUUAAAGAUCCAGACGAUAAGAUUGUACUUUCACGGACUUAUGCAGCUGAAGGCAGAUUUACUUUCACAUCUCAUUCUGCUGGUGAACAUCUUGUAUGCCUCCAUUCUAACUCCUCAGCUUGGUUCUCCAGUGGACAGUUGAGAGUUCACCUUGAUAUUCAAGUAGGAGAACAUGCAGUUGAUUAUCAACAAGUUCAGACCAAGGAUAAACUGAGCGAACUUCAGUUGCGAAUCCGGCAGUUGCUUGAUCAAGUCGAACAAAUCACCAAGGAACAAAAUUAUCAAAGGUACCGAGAAGAAAGAUUUCGCCUGACUAGUGAGAGUACUAACCAACGUGUACUGUGGUGGUCAGUAGCCCAGACAGUCAUCCUCCUCAUCACAGGAUUUUGGCAGAUGAAACACCUAAAGAGUUUCUUUGAAGCUAAGAAACUUGUGUGA